AUGUUAUGGAUGGACGAACUGGGGAGUUUUCUAAUGAAUGAGUUGACCGAAACAGCGAAAGCCGAGGCGAGCGCCCGCACUGGCCGGCCUGCAGAGUACGAGGAUGACCAGGUGAUUUCCGCCGGGCACAAGCUGCAGGAAGCCGGCAGACGAGUAACCGGCUAUGCCCUGCGCCGGGAGGUGGGGGGCGGUGAUCCUAAUCGCCAUAUCCGAACCUGGAGGUCGUAUGUGCAGCAACAGGAAGUUGUCGAGUCUGAGCCCGUUCAAGAGCUGCCGGUAGAGGUUGAGGGGCUGUUGAAGGAGGUCACCACAGGUCUGUCGGAACAGAUCAACGCGAUGGUGGUUCGGUUGAAUACAAUGGCCGUCCAGACCGCAGAGCGUCGUGUAUCAGACGUGAUGGCCAGUGCCCGGGAAACGCAAGAGCAGGCCGAGGCAGAGUUAGCCGAUGCUGCAGCUACAGUGGAAGACCUGGAGGAACAGCUAGGCUAUGUGCGGGCUGAGGGGAUUAAGGCCAGCUCGCGGGCGAAUAAGGCUGAAGAGGCACUGGAGAGCGAGCGGGAUCGGGCAAACGCCCUGGAGAGGGAUCUGGCCGUGCUCAGGGAGAAGCUAGACGGCGAAAGGGAGCAGCGGGAAACUGCCGAGAAAGCCGGGAAGGAGCUGCAGGAACGGAACGCGGAAUUGAAGCAAGAUAAGGCGGACCUGCGAAGCGAGCGUGAACAAAUGCAGGGUCAGAUUGAUAAGCUGCAGGAGCGGGUGGAAAGCCUGCAGGCAGAAAGGGAGAACUUGGCGGAAACCCGGGCAGAGUUGAAGGCUCAGCUUGCCCGUCAAGCCGAGCGGGAAGCCGAUGUGCUGAAGCGGGCUGAAAAGGCUGAACAGGAGAUGCGCAGCGCGGUUGAGGACAGCAAGGAGUUAGGAAAGCGGGCUAUCCAGUCCGAGGCUGAGGCCAAGCAGUUGCGAGAGCAGCUGGGGACCCUUAUGAAGCGGGUAUCCGUCGCUGGUGAGAAAAAGCCAACUGGCAAGGUGGGCGCGAAGCCGGCAAGCGGAAAGAGCGGGGAAGCCUAG